CUCUUUCCAGAUGUAUGGGAGUGAAUUCAUUAAAUAAAGAUGUGGUGGUUCGCCUUGGGGACAAUGUUACACUGAGCUGUGAUACACCUACUAACUGUCCAGUGGAUUUGGAAUUCUCGUGGCAAUAUGUUGAUGACAAAUCUCUAGAGGGCACUAAAAAUAAACUUUCUUACACCUUCCAUUCGGUGCAGAUAAAGGAUGAGGGUGCUAUUUUAUGUAAAACAUACUGCAACAUAAAUGUAGUGAAAGAGCAAAUGUAUCAACUUUCUGUUUAUUCUUUUCCCAGCGAGCCUGUGCUAAAGUGGAAACAUCCCCUGGUAGCUGGACAGACCGCUAGCAUUACAUGUGAAGUUUCCAACGUCUACCCUUCUGAACGAAUGACAAUUACACUAAGUAAAGAUGGGAUUUCUCUAGAACCCACACAUUCCACUCAAGAGGGAGACAGUGAUAAACCGGAAACCAUAAGCCAUGACUAUGAAUUUGUACCAACAUCUGAAGAUAAUGAAAAAAAUAUCAACUGUAAUGCCUCCUUAGAUUUUUCAGAUAAGGGACAUGGUAACAUAGAAAAAAUGUCUCUGCCUGAUUUGUCAAGAACUACCAGAGUGCCUACAUCUCUGUCUAAAAGUAGCACGAUUCCAGAUACAGUUUCUACAGGAGCUACCACAGUGCCUACAGCUCCAUCUAAAAUUAGCACCAUUCCAGUUUCUUCAGGAAGUACCGUAAUGCAUACAUCAACUUACAAAAGUAGCACCGUUCCAGCUUCUUCAGGAGCUACUAAAGUGCCUACAAGUCCGUAUGAUGGUAGCACCAUUCCAGUUUAUUCAGGAAGAACCACAGUGUCUACGACUCUAUCCGAAAUUAGCACCAUUCCAGCUUCAUCAGAAAGUACCACAGUGCCUGUAUCUCCAAAGAAAAGUAACACAUUUUCAGCUUCAUCAGAAAGUACCACAGUGCCUGUAUCUCCAAAGAAAAGUAACACAUUUUCAGUUUCUUCAGGAAGUACCGUAAUGCAUACAUCAACUUACAAAAGUACCACCGUUCCAGCUUCUUCAGGAGCUACUAAAGUGCCUACAAGUCCGUAUGAUGGUAGCACCAUUCCAGUUUAUUCAGGAAGAACCACAGUGUCUACGACUCUAUCCGAAAUUAACACCAUUCCAGCUUCAUCAGAAAGUACCACAGUGCCUGUAUCUCCAAAGAAAAGUAACACAUUUUCAGCUUCAUCAGAAAGUACCACAGUGCCUGUAUCUCCAAAGAAAAGUAACACAUUUUCAGCUAUUCCAGGAUAUGCCACACCAUUUUAUUCACAUUACACAAAUGAAGAAAAGCUGUGGCUGCCUUUUGCUGUUGUCUCUCCAGUUGCUGUUGGACUUAUACUAGGAUCACUGCUCAAACGCAGGAAGAAUAAGAAAGGUUAUCCAUUUGGUACCACAACUGUGUAAUCACAAAGGAGUAGUUACAAACUUGUGUCUAAUGCUGUUACUGUAGAUUAAUUGUGCAUAAAUCUGACCUGUAUUUAGCCUUUAAUUCCUAAAUACCAUAAGGUUAUCCUACCACUUUAAUGCAGAAGGCCGAUUAAUAAAGCAAAUCUCUCACAAGAGCAAUUAUUCACUUCAGGAGCAAUCUUUUCUCUCCCUACGGAGUCAUGGGAGGAAGAGAAAAGGAAAUGGCUAAAAAUGGAGGGAUGCACAUAAUUAAUAGUCUUACGAAUUGACAGAAUUUGCAACAGAGUAAUCUCUGCAUAAUUCCACACCAAUUCUAAUAGCAAAAAAAUAUGUGGUGCUGCCAAAAUGAGAUGGAAGAUUAAAAGAACAAUCCUUUCUAUAACCUUCUACUGUAUCUCUGGAAGACCUGUUCAGUGUGAAUCUUCUUUAUACCAUUACAAGAGUAAUGAAGAGAAGAAAGAGUGCAGAUGAGCGAGACUCUUUAGCAUGGAUAAAUAAAUAAAUGGACUAAUCUUGGGAACAUGGAAAUGACUGUUUACAUUGCACUAUGACCAUGUUCUGCACAGAUGAUAGGCAGAACAUCAAGGGCAUUAUAUAUCUCUGAAUGUAAUGAGUUGUAGUAUGUGUAUGUGUGUAUGUGUGUGUGUGUGUGUGUGUGUGUGUGUGUGUGUGUGUGUGUGUGUGUGUGUGUGUGUGUGUAUGUGUGUGCAUAUACCGAAGUAUUAAAUGAGUAGUAUUAAAGUUGGAAAAUCAAAACAAAACAUGAAUUAGAAGACUGGUAGCAAACUGGAACUGACUGGCUGACAACAAGAAUGACUGACACUUAAAAGGAUCUGGGUAAUGAUUUGGGAAAUAGAAGGUUUGCUAGCAAUGACAAUACAUAUUUAAAUUGUCAUAUCCAAACGUUACUUUUUUUUAUUCAGCCUUUUCUAUUUUAUUUCACGUGUUCAUGCAAAAGGCUUAAGGAACCUUUUCAUUGAAUGCAGUAGAAAACAUCAUAUAUAUCAAUGCAUAUGUAUGUAUAUAGUUAGACAGAUAAAUAUACAAAUGUCUAGCUAAGUCCUUCAGUAUGAAAAAUCCAAGUUUGAAGCAUUUUUGUAAAAUGGAAUAAUGAAUGCAGUGCAAUGUUUAAAAUGUAAAUAUGAAAUAUAUAUGCUGUUCCUUUUACAUACCAUGUAAACAAUCAGUGUAAAUUUGUAUUAUACUGUUAUCCAAAUAUAUUUAUUUUGUUCAGUUGUGUUUUUUUUUUUGUUCACAAACCAUGAAGAAAUCAAUCAAACAACAGAUUACUCUGCAUUAAAUAAAGUUUGAUGAUGCGAA